AUGGAAAGGGCAACAGUUGAUUUGAAAAUCAUGAGGUGUAUUUGUGCAAAUGCCAUAGCUUUUAAUUGUCUAAGAAGCCCUCAGUGGCAAGAGAUGGUACAUGCUAUUAAUAAUGCUCCAAAAGGUUACAAAUCACCAUCAUUUGAGAAAGCACGUACCACUUUGCUUGAUGAAUGUAAGAGGAGCGUCGAAAAAGAUUUGGCUCUAGUAAAAGAUACUUGGUACACUCAUGGUGUAUCUGUUGUCUCGGAUGGUUGGUCUAAUUGCAAAAGUGAUCAACUUAUCAAUGUCAUUGCAACAAACAGUAGAGGUGCCAUGUUUAUGUAUGCUGGAGUAUUCAAUGCGGUGGAGAAAACAGGGAAGGUGACAGACAAUGCUAAGAACUGCAUAGCUGCUGGAAGAGAAAUAGAAAAGGUACACAAACACAUAUUCUGGUCUCCAUGUGUAUGUCAUACUUUGAACUUGGUAUUUAAAGAUCUUGCUGCUGCUUUUGAUUGGAUGCGAGGCACUUACAAAUGUGGAAAAGAAGUGGUGAAUUUUUUCACUAGUCAUAAAUACUUGUUAGCAUUGUUUAAAGCUCGUUCAACUAGAAUUUUAUUGAAGGUAGCAAAGACCAGAUUUGGCAGUCACUACAAAAUGUUGAAGAGGUUACUCUCUUGUAGAGAGGCACUUGAAACUACUAUUUUUUUCAAGGCAUGUAGAGAGUGGUUGAAGAGACAAGAUGCAGAUACAAGAGCUAUGGGUGAAUUGAUAACAAGAACUAUUCAAGAUCCACAUUUUUGGAGUGAAGCUCAAGAAAUUGUAAGUUUCACCAAACCACUUUACAAAUUACUGAAGUUCUGUGAUGGUGAUGGUCCUAAGAUGGGGGAAAUAUAUGAGAGAAUGGAUAACAUGAUUGGUGAAAUAAAAGAUAUUAUGAGGGAUAGCAAAUAUGUCUCUGAGUUUGCUAAAGUAGAAACAAUAUUGGUAACAAGGUGGGAUAAGAUGACCAUUCCUCUCCAUUGUUUAGGUUUUGCUCUUUCACCUCAUUUUUAUGACAAGAUUUACUUAGAAUCUCCUGCUCCUGGGGGGUAUACUAGAAGGGCUCCUAAUCUUGAUAAAGAGGUGGUUAUGGGUUGUAUGGAAGCAUUUGGGAAAAUAACUGAAGACAAAUAUGAAGAAAAAAAGUUACGUGAUCAAUUUACUGAAUUUCAGUUGAAGAAAGGGAUAUACUCACUGCCACAAGCCCAAAUGGAUGCUGUCACCAUGGAAGCUAUUGAUUGGUGGUCUAUGUAUGGAUCACAAACUCCCGAAUUGGCAGAGGUGGCUAAGAAGGUGUUAGCUCAACCCAUUAGUAGCUCUUCGGCAGAGAGGGCUUGGAGUACAUUCGGGCUUGUUCAUAGCUUGAAAAGAAACAGAUUAAAUUGUUCAACGGCAGAUAAGUUAGUUUACAUCCAUUCUAAUCUUCGUCUUUUGUCUAGGUUCUCUGAAAGUUACAAGCAAGGUCCCUCUAGAAAAUGGGAUAUUGAUCCUGAAAAUUCUUGUCUUGAAGACUCACCUGCUGAAUUAGAAGACAUGAGAUGGGCUGGAUUGGAUUCAAAUGUUGAAGAUGAAGAGGAUCUCACGAUAAUAGAUAACCCAUAUAAAAGAAUAAAGGUGGAAGCAAGUGAAAUAAAAAGUCAGAAGGCAAAGGGGAAGGGGAAGAAACAGAUGCAGUAG